CCUUUAAACAGAAACGAGCGUGAAAACAACAGCGGAGCGUCCGUAAAGAGUUGAGCUAUUUCGGCUGUCAGUGUCUUAUUCCGGAGACUCGAAUGAGCUAUAACCCAAGAUGCCUCUGAAUGAUGAGCGACCUGCCUCCACAUCCAGCAGUGAGGAACAAGGCAGUGACGUGGAGUCGUCCUCAGAGCGAUGCGACAGCAUGACGUCCACCAGUGACCUGGACUGCUCCCGUGAAAGCUUCACCAGCGACUGCUCCAGUAAACAGUGUACACCCUCCUCAAGCCCACCCAAAACCAUAACCCUGGAUGAAGUCAUGGAGUCCGGCAGAGACCUGUCCAAUCUCAGCAUUGCCCAUGAGAUCAUUGUAAACCGCAACUUCCAUCUGGAACCAGACAGCCUACCUCAGGACAGUUUAUGGAAGAUAGUUAGAGAUAAUGUCCACAAGGCCUUCUGGGACAUCCUGGAGUCCGAGCUGAACGACGACCCGCCUGAGUAUGGGCAAGCCAUCAGAUUAUUGGAGGAGAUCAGAGAGAUUUUAUUGUCAUUCCUUAAUCCGGGCGCCAAUCGGAUGCGGACCCAGAUCAUGGAGGUGCUGGACAUGGACCUGAUUCGUCAGCAGGCUGACAAUGAUGCUGUAGACAUUCAGGGGCUCGCCUCUUACAUUAUCACCACCAUGGGCAAGAUGUGUGCACCAGUUAGGGACGAGGAUAUCAAGAAGCUCCGCGAAAGCCCAGAUAACAUAGUGACACUGUUCAGGGAGAUCUUCCGUGUGCUUGACCUGAUGAAGGCUGACAUAGUUAACUUCACCAUCGAUAAUCUGAGGCCUGUGCUGCAGAGGCAGAGUGUUGAAUAUGAGAGGGCAAAGUUUCAGAGCAUACUGGACAAAACACCCAGCGCUUUGGAUCACACCACCUCGUGGAUCAAGUCAGCACUUGAGGAGCUGUUGACCUCAAUCCCCAAAGAACAGACUGAUGGUCAGGUAAAAGGACAGCGACUAGUCCCCGGGCCCUUUCAGGUCCUCAACCUUGCCUUCCUCCGCAUCCUCACAUGGGACUACGAUAAGAGCCAACUGCCUGAGACCUGGAUGACUGAUGAGACACGUCUGAGAGAGAUUCAAAGGCAUCUCCAGCGGUGUCAGGCAGUGAACGAGGUGCUGCUCAUUAUCUACAGCACCAUAGGGGGGCCCAUCCAGGGUCUGCCCUCCUUGUCCGACCGCCUGAAGAGGAUGAUUAGUGUGCUGCUGGAUGGAAUGCACAGCCCGGACUUUAACCUAGAAGAGGCACUAGAGAGUGUCAGCGCUCAGAUCUGCUGUGAGCUCAACAAAUCUUUAACGGAGAGGAACUACCCUGCCAUGAGCCCGGCGCUGCAGGCCACCCUCACAGGCCAGAUCUGCAGCAUAACGCAGAAGGACAAUCCCAUCCGCACUCUCGUUGAGGAUCGGGUGCAGCAGUUCUUCACAGCACUCAUCUGCGAUCCUAAACCCCAGGUCAAAGUUGAACAGGUACCAACUGGCUUGACUGCUAUCAAGCCUGAACUAGCACUGAUGGGAGCAAAGUUCAUCUCCCUGGUUAACUACAACAAGACUGUCUAUGGACCUUUCUACGCCGAUAUCAUCAGGAAGCUGAUGUUCAGCAGCAGUCUACCAGCAGCAAAUCCUCAGCAGGACACCGUUCAGGACUCUGUCACCUCCAAUUAAAACCAAACUCUGGCUUGUGCCGUCUAAAGAGUCUUUUUGCUACUAGACCUAGCUAAAGCUAAGGACGUGCUACAAUAGCUAGGCAGUUCAACUGCUUCGCUCAAGUCAGUGUACUCCAAUAGUUGGAGUUACCUUCAUUGUUUUGCAAAUGUAGUUUUUCUCACUACAUUUAGCUGUGAAGGCACUGCAGUGUAGGCGCCAUGCGGUAGACAUUUAAUGUGACCUGCAUCCUUUGUGAUAAAUCUUUUAAAAUAUAUGCUUUCCUGUGAAUAUUUACACCUCCAAACCUGGAGCACAAGUGCUACACAGAUCCAUUUCUGAACCUUAAGGUGACCCCUACAUUGUCCAAAGAUCAAAACGGUAGUUUGUCCAACACAGGAAGCUUUAUAAAGUAAAGAGGAAGACGCUUUUAUAUUUAGAAAAGUAGCACAUGAGAUUCCUUAUGUAUAACAAAUGAUUUAUCACUGCUUAAUUCUUCGGUAACUAUAUAGUAUAACUACAGUUAACUAUGACAGCCUUUGAACAUAUUAAUGCAAAACACAAGAUAGCCCUUUUCCUAUGGAAUUUAUCUUUUUGAUUGUUCUCCCUUUACCUUCUUUAUCAGCCAUAGAACUUAACCUUCUGUGUUCUUUUUUAAUCCACUAAUAAUACUUUACAGCAAAAAUAAAAGUAGAAAAAAAUAGGAUUGUAACUUUUCAAAAAAAAGAAGAAAAAAAAGGUCUGCAUGAGUAGCUUUGUGUUUGGGUUAUUUCAUCAUGAGUCAUUUGUUGUUACAUGUAUGUUCUAUACUUUUACUUAUUCUCUGCCAGUGGAAUACUGGUUAAAUUGAUUUAGUUGCUAUGUGUGUUACAUGUUGAGGUACUGUAGUUAUUACAGUAUUGCUGUGUUGGCUGUUAGAACUUGAAGGAUAGGUGCUGAACUCAAAGUGAGUUUGUGUCCGAAAAGUUGCAUUGCUCCCAAUACUGGACAAAGAAAAGUUAUAGGUAUGUUUAUAUAAAAUGUUGGAAGUUGUUGUUCUUUUCUUCUGUACCACAAUUAAUAUAAUAAAACUUGAA